AUCACUAGGGGGCAGGAACCAGGACUCCCCUCUCUAUAUAAUUGAGAAACCCAAGUUUAUUACCAAACUCCUUGUCUGGAGUUGACUUUAAUUCAUUCUAAUGUCUGAGAGGAUGUGGGGUUUUGUGUUGGUGAGAGAAGAGCUGGCAUCGCUACUCACUGACUUAUCAAACAUCCUAGAGGAGGGAAUUCUACUCAGGAUGGUCCCAGAAGUACCUUGGGAUAGGACCGAGGGCUUAGGGGAGGUCCCAAAGACAGAAGAGGAGGCUUCUCGGAACAUAAAGGAGAAGAUGUCUACCAACAUCCCUCCCACUCAUGGACACGACAUACAUGUGACCAGAGAUUUGGUGAAGCACCAGCUCUCCAAGUCUGACAUGUUAGCAGACCCUAAUCAGGAAGUCCUGGAGGAGAGAACGAGGAUCCAGUUUAUAAGAUGGAGCCACACCCGUAUCUUCCAAGUACCAAGUGAAAUGAUAGAAGAUGUCAUACAGGAUCGUAUAGAUCAAGUGAGAGAAAGCAUAUCUCACCUCAGGUGUGACUCAUACGAUGACCCAAGCUUCAGAACUUCUUGCUCAGAAUGCUAAGGUUGAAGGCCUCCCAAGUCAAUUAACAGUCCAUGUCCAAAGAUGUCCACCUCAUGUUUGGCCUGAAGGGUGACCAGACUUGAGCAGAAACACUAUAGAGGCCGAGCCUUUGGGUACCACCAUGAUGACACUGGAAUCUUCUUGCUGAAGUGUUAAUAAAGAGACAUCUUAUCCACCAACCA